AUGGCAGCUCCUUCGCUACCUACCAAAUUCCCUUGUUGGUGCCGCGCAGUCUAUUCUUGGGGCGGUGAAACAGACAGAGACCUGGGAUUCGUUGAAGGCGACUUGAUAGAAUGCCUCAACGCUGGAGAUGGCUCAUGGUGGAUGGGAAGGUUGCGCCGAGACAAGAGGAUGAUGGGUCUUUUCCCUUCCAACUUUGUUGUUGUUCUCGAGGCCAACUUCGUACCUAUGAGCCGAUCAGUCAGCCCUCUGCCUGAUUUGCCGAAAGCCGAUCAGGGAAGCAAGGACACUUCGGCGCAGUUGCAAGAUAAGAAGGCGAGAGCCAAGGCCAGGAGGCCAUUUCAAGGCUACAAGAAUGCGAAAACUCCAACCGGUACUGUGACCACGACACCUCAGCAGGCGGGAGUCGCCACGGCUCCAACACAACGACCCUAUGACCCUAGACACCCUCCCUCUACGGUGUUAUGGCAGCAGAGACCGCCUUCAAGAGCCCCUUCGAGAUCACCAUCGCCGUUACCACAGUUUGAGAUAGGCUCAUCCCCUCCUCCACCACCGCCCCCGCCUCAUCGUGUCCUUGGCGGUCCUCAUGGCAGUUUGUCACGGGCUGCCUCACCUGCUCCAGAACGAUUGGAGAUGAACGAUCGAUAUCGGGCCAUCUCUCGCACUCCUUCCCCUGCACCUCCCUCUGUCAAUGGACACACUCCACCUAUGAUAAGAAAUGCGAUGGACGAGGUGAUGACCUCGCUAGAUGACAUGACGCUUGUCGGAAGAGAUUCGACACACGAGCCAGAACAAGAUUUCAAUCCCUGGUCGCCCGAAGCUUUUGAUGACUUCCGUCGCCCUGACCGGAGACCAGACCCUCGACCAGUCACCAGCCUUGGGUUGGGUGCGGGUGGAAGUCAUUAUUCCGAAGGGCGCAUCAAUUACAGUAGUCGACACAACAGCCCCGAUAGAUUCCAGGAUGGGCCUCCGCGCCUUGAGAACUAUGUACAGAGAAUGGAAAGCCGGCUACGACGGAUGCAGCAAGCACGAGAAGGCAGCAACUCAGAGGACAUUGCAAGCGAUCCUCCAGAACCGCCUCCAAAGAAUUCCCCUUGGGCGUCGAGACCUGGCUCUGCCAUGGCCAGCCGACGAAUGUCAAUGCGGAAGAGAAAGUCUGCCUUUGAGCUCGGAGGCAACAGCCUAGCCAGGACUUACACGACGAAGACCAACUCUACCAAUUCCAGCAGUGGAGUUCAAAGCGUUGCAACCAAUUCCUCGCAUCAGAGCAGUAUGACCAGCCAGAGUCUCAUGAGUGGAUACUCGGCAAGCGGAAUCAGCGCCACCAGCGCAGGUAGCCUUGCCAGGAAAAGAAUGGGAAGCAUGAGGGAUCGAAUGACCAGGCCGAUGACCAGCGCAGGGACCAGGAUCCAGCAAUGGGAUCAGAGCGACGUACGACCCAAAACACCAAAUACGGGAGUGUCUUAUCAUUCGAACCAUGACUCAAGACAAGGCGCGAAGUCGGCAGUUGGAUGGGAGGACGCGGACCGAAGCACGACGCCCGGACUAGGUGGCUUCACUACACCCAAAGCGAAGAAACCAGGCUUCUUCAAGAAGUUGAUUGACAGCGCAAAGACAGGGGCGGCAAGUGCCCGAAGCACCAUAUCAGCAAGUCAGACUGGGAGCACUGCCGGAUCACCGACCAAAAUGACCGGGAUUGCUGGCGGUAUGGCAUUUAAUGCCCCUGUUCAGACCGCUCACCUUGAUGGCGCAUAUGGAAGAGAUGCCGCAGGGGCGAUGGGGUUAGCCAGCGGCGCUUCCGGGUCGUAUAUACUGACUCGAAGGGAUGUUAACAGAUCCAACACGCCCGGACCAUCAGAACGACAGGAACGAGCGGAUCGGUGCCAUAUGCUGGACCAACCAGUUAUCUGUCCGGUGGAAGAGUUGUUCGAAAACCUCGAAGGGGAUGAAGACGCAGAUGGCCGGCCCGUCCAUGAGCCAUUCCAACUCAGCAACCCCAGUUUCAGCCAGGUAGAUAAAGCUGCUCGAUUCAUCACGACCCUACCCAGCAGCAUCACGGCCGCCAGUCUCGCGACUGGAUAUAUUUGCCGUCCAUAUCGGAGCGGGGUACAAAGACUCCGUGCCAUCUUCAUCUGGUGUGCCGAGCGCAUCAACUGGGAGGAAGACCUCGACCUCGACGCAUUCAACUACAACCAACCCGUCGAUACCAGGCGGGUCAUCCAGGCGAGACGUGGAAGCAGUCAAGAGGUGUCAACCCUCGUCCUGGAAAUGUGCCACGCUAUCGGUAUCCACGCCGAAAUCGUGCAAGGAUAUCUGAAGACGCCGGGGGAAGAUCUCGACUUGGAUGCCGUCUCACAUCCGAACCAUUACUGGAACGCAAUCCUGGUUGAUGGAGAAUGGAGGAUGAUGGAUGCCAGCCUUGCAAGUCCCACCAAUCCGAAAAGGGUGCGGUAUUCGAGCGUCAGCUCAACCAUUGCCGAAGCUUGGUAUUUCCUGACGAAACCGAGUGAGAUCUGUUGGACUCAUGUGCCUGUCCAAGAUGCCCAGCAACACAUGAUCCCAAUUGCCAGCCCGGAUGUCCUCCUGAGUCUGCCAGGGGCCUGUGCACCGUUCUUCCGACAGGGACUGUCAAUGCAUGCGUACGACACCAGCAUCAUAAGGAUGGACAGACUCGAAAUGUGCACCUUGAGCAUCAACGUGCCAGCAGACGUCGAGAUCGUGGCAGAAGUUGAGGCCAGGAAUUAUCUGCACGACCAAGACGGCGAUGUCUAUGAGGAUGUGGACAACGUGACCAGGAAACGAGCUCUUGCCCAAGCGAGCUGGUAUCGAACCGUGCCCAAUACGGAAGUCUGUCAGAAGCGAUAUGUUAUCAAGGCGGUGCUGCCCGGAGACGAGGGCAUUGGAGUGCUCAAGGUGUACGCGGGGAAGAAAGGCUUGAUGCUCAGCUCACGGGAUAUCGUCCAUCCUCUGGCACUGGCAUUACCCUUGUACCACAGUGGGGAAAACCCUGCAUACGACUUUGUGAUGAGACACCCCACACCGCACGCCACGAGGCAAGACCUGUACGUGGUACAACCUCAGUGUUUUCGACUCGGGGCAGGCGAGACGUACGUGUUUUGCGUACGGCAGCAUGCCGCCUCUGUUGCCUCGACGCCAGCGACUGAGCAAUCUGGCUUCGACUUGCGGCCCAGCAGUCCAAACCCGCUGAUGCGACCUACCAGUGCAAUGAGCAUGACGAGCAGCGCGGCAGGCAGUAACCCGAGCGAAUAUAAUAGCAACGCCAACGGCAGUGCGGCAGGCACCAGAGCCAAAGACAAGCCGGCUAAAUUGGCCAUCCAGAGCCCCAGCGGCAAGAUCAUCAGGCUGAACCGCAAACAUGAGGGCGUGCCACAGCCCAGCCAACUGAAAGAAGUGGAUGGCGAGAUACUGGGAAGCGCCUGGGAGACAGUCAUCAAGGUCCAAGAACGGGGGAUAUGGCGAGGUCUCGUGCUGGCGGAUCGAAGUGCGAGGUGGUGCGUCUGGGGAGAAUGGGAGUCUGUUUGA